AUGAGCCAAAGUAAUUAUCAAUUAUUUCCAAUAAAUUCUCAAUCUACUGAUCCACUAGAUGAUGCCGAUGGAAAUGUAGAUGACUGUACUACAACGAAUAACAGGAAGAAAAAUAUAUUACGAUGGAUUAUUCUGGCCGUAAUUCUUAUUCUAGUUAUUAUAGUUAUAAUUAUUAUCAUAGUAGUCGUCGUUAAUAAAAAGAAAUCUAAAGAAAAAGCAACAAUUUUAAUAUAUAACUGUAGUGAAAAUUCAACAGGUAUUUCGACUAGAAAAGUAUUAUUUAUUAUUGCUGAUGGUAUACCAGCUGAUGUUCUGGAACGUGCACCAAUUCCAAAUAUGAAAAAAAUUCAAGAAAUUGGAAAAUAUAAACGAGCUUAUGUUGGAGGUGAUUUGGGUACUUAUACACAAACAGCUACAAUAUCAGCACCUGGUUAUAUUAAUUUAUUAACUGGUACAUGGGGUAAUAAACAUAAUGUUUAUGAUAAUAAAAUAAGUGAUCCAAAUUAUAAUUAUAAAAAUAUAUUUCGAUUAAUUAAAGAACAACAAAUAAAUGAAACAAUUGGUAUAUUUUCAACUUGGCUUGAUAAUCGUGUUAAACUUAUUGGUGAAGGUUUACCACAAGCAGGAAAUAUAACAUUUGAUUUUAAAUUUGAUGGAUAUGAAUUAGAUUUAAAGAAUUUUCCACAUGAUUCUCAAAGUCUUUAUAUUAAUCAUAUUGAUCAACAUGUAAUUAAUGAAACUGUAAAAUGUAUUACAAAUAAUGGUCCAGAUGCUUCAUGGGUUUAUUUACAAUAUACAGAUGAUAUGGGACAUGCAUAUGGUGAUAGUCCACAAAUGUUAGAUGCAAUUAAUAUUCUUGAUCAACAAAUAGGACAAAUCUAUGAAGCUAUUCAAUGUCGAAUAGAUCAACAUAAAGAAGAAUGGCUUUUAGUUAUUACAACAGAUCAUGGAAGAGAUAUUCACACAGGUCAAAAUCAUGGAGGACAAUCAGAAAGAGAACGAACAACUUGGAUAAUAAUGAAUCAUAAUGAAACAAAUAAUUAUUUUGAAAAUUUUCAACCUAGUAUAGUUGAUAUAAUGCCUACAAUGAUGAGAUUUCUCAAUAUGAAAAUUCCAUUAGAAUCAGAAAGAGAAAUUGAUGGAAUACCAUUAAUAGGACCAGUAUCAUUAGUUAAACCUGAUUUGAAUUUAAAUGGAAAUAAUUUAACAAUCAAAUGGAAAACUUUAAAUAAAACAGGAAAUGUUAAAAUAUGGUUAUCAACAACAAAUUUAUUUAAAGUUGGUUCAAUUGAUAAUUAUACAUUGAUUGGUAAUGUAUCAAUUGAAAAUGAAAUAGCGACAUUUAAUAUUGAAAAGUAUGAUUCAAAGUUCUAUAAAAUUAUCUUAGAUGGUGAAUAUAAUAUGGUCAAUAAAUGGAUUUUUAGAUAA